AUGGGACGUGGGAAGAUCGAGAUCAAACGGAUCGAGAACGCCACUAACAGGCAAGUCACCUUCUCGAAGCGGAGAGGAGGACUUCUGAAGAAGGCCCAUGAGCUCGCCGUCCUUUGCGAUGCACAGCUCGGCGUCAUCAUCUUCUCUGCUAGCGGCAAGAUGUUCGAGUAUUGUAGCCCAUGUUCGAGCAUGCGACAAAUCAUCGAUCGAUAUCAAAAGGUCUCCGGGACCCGUAUUCCAGAGUAUGAUAAUCAGCAAGUAUACUGUGAGAUUACGAGGAUGAAGAACGAGAAUGAUAAGCUCCAAGCCAGCAUGCGAACCCUAACUGGCGAGGACUUAUCAACCCUAACCAUGAACGAUUUGCACCAGCUCGAACAACAGUUAGAGAUAUCAGUUAAUCGGGUUCGAUCUAGGAAGAAUCAACUGCUGCAACAACAGAUGGAGAACCUACGUAGGAAGGAGCACCUGUUGGAAGAUCAAAACAACCAUCUCUGCCGCAUUCUUGCCGAACACCAAGCGGCUCUGGAACAUAAGGUGGUGGAGCCACCACCGAUGCUGGACCAUUUCGGCCCCUUCUACGACGAUCAAGCAAGGAACAUGCUCCAGCUCUCCCCUCAGCUCCAUCCAUUUCGUCUCCAGCCCACUCAGCCCAAUCUGCAAGAUCCUGGUCUCCAGCGCCAUGGCCUGCAGCUUUGGACCUAA